ACUGGAACCCAUCCUGGUAAAUGUGGUUUAUAAGUACAGACACUGAGGCCCACAGAAAGGGGCAAUGAUUUAUCUAGUUUUACACAGCAAGUUAAUAGCCACGUCUGGAUUAGAUACUAAAUUUUCCAAGUUCCAGGUCAUUACAAAACUGAGUGGCUCUUUAAGCCUUUCCUAACAAUGCCUCACAUGGAUAUGAGACUUUACAAUAUAAUAAAUGGAUUUAGUAAUUAAAAGAAACAAUGAUGGAAAACUCCUAACUCAUGUUGUGUAUAUAGUAAGGGCUCAAUUAAUAGUGUGGAUAAUUAUUAUGAUUACAAUAAUCCAGCAUUUAGCAUGGUUUCUGGCACAUAGCUGCACAGUGUUGAGUGAAUGUUGAAUAAAGACUAAUAAUUUACAGCUGCAAGAACUAAAUAAGGGAACUGAUGUGUGUGCUUUGUGAACUGGAAAACUGAUUUUUGUUAGGAGAAUCAUAAUAAAGCUUAGGUAAGAUGGGACUUGAUGGUCAUUCUAUGUUAUGAAUAGGGCCAGAGGCCAGAGAGGGACAGUCAUAUAUGCCCAAUGUCAUAAAGGAGUAGGUAAGGGAUAUAUUGCUCUGGCACGUGGCACUUUGCCUCCUGGUUUCCUGGCACCUUCCAGGAAUGGUUCCCAGAGACCACAGAGGGGAAGGCUGGGGCCAGUAGCGCGGGCAGAGGCACCAUUGGCCCCUCACAGCCCUGUUUUUCCUUCCACCCGUGGUUACUUUUCGGCGUUGAGCAGGGCACUAUCCAAGACUCCGGCAGCCCUGGCGCUGAACCAGACUCAACACUGCAAGCAGCUGGAGGGCCUGGUGUCAGCGCAGGUGCAGCUGUGCCGCAGCAACCUGGAGCUCAUGCACACCAUUGUGCACGCCGCACGGGAGGUGAUGAAGGCCUGCCGCAGGGCCUUCGCUGACAUGCGCUGGAACUGCUCCUCCAUUGAGCUCGCCCCCAACUACCUGCUUGACCUGGAGAGAGGGACCCGGGAGUCAGCCUUCGUUUAUGCGCUGUCGGCCGCCGCCAUCAGCCACGCCAUCGCCCGGGCUUGUACCUCCGGUGACCUGCCCGGCUGCUCCUGCGGCCCUGUCCCAGGUGAGCCACCCGGGCCCGGGAACCGCUGGGGAGGAUGUGCGGACAACCUCAGCUACGGGCUCCUCAUGGGGGCCAAGUUUUCCGAUGCUCCUAUGAAGGUGAAAAAAACAGGAUCCCAAGCCAAUAAACUGAUGCGUCUACACAACAGUGAAGUGGGGAGACAGGCUCUGCGUGCCUCUCUGGAAAUGAAGUGCAAGUGCCAUGGGGUGUCUGGCUCCUGCUCCAUCCGCACCUGCUGGAAGGGGCUGCAGGAGCUGCGGGAUGUAGCCGCUGACCUCAAGACCCGCUACCUCUCAGCCACCAAGGUAGUGCACCGACCCAUGGGCACCCGCAAGCACCUGGUGCCCAAGGAUCUGGAUAUCCGGCCUGUGAAGGACUCGGAACUUGUAUACCUGCAGAGUUCGCCUGACUUCUGCAUGAAGAAUGAGAAAGUGGGCUCUCAUGGGACGCAGGACAGGCAGUGCAACAAGACAUCCAACGGCAGCGACAGCUGCGACCUCAUGUGCUGUGGGCGCGGCUACAACCCCUACACAGACCGCGUGGUCGAGCGGUGCCACUGCAAGUACCACUGGUGCUGCUACGUCACCUGCCGCAGGUGUGAGCGCACCGUGGAGCGCUAUGUCUGCAAGUGAGGCUGCACUGCCGCCCGCAGAGCGGACUGCUGGAGAGCCCUCAGCAGCCGGGCCAGGUUCCUGGACGCUCUCUGUGGAUUUCUGCUUGCGAAUUCCAGAUGCCUGGCAUGGGAGGUGGCCUGUGUUUUGCCCACACUUGGAAGCCACCAGGAACAGAAGGCCUGGCCACCCUGGAAGGAGGGCUGAGACAUCAAAAGAAACCGACAAGAUUAAAAAUAACUUGGCAGCCAGAGGUCCUGGAGUGCCCACAAGCUGGGCUAAGAAUCCAGGGGCAUGGGAUUGGUGAGACUGGUGUGCAUUUGACCUUUCAGGGCCAGAGAGACCAGCCCUCUGGGAAGGGAUCUGCUCACCCUCACCAGAAUGUUCUGAGGGACUCCCAGCCCAACCCCAGGGUCUGAACCUGCUGGGCCUACCACAUGGAACCACUAGCUUGGGUUGUAAAUGUAUUUUUGUUUUUUGUUUUUUCUUCCUUUGGGAUGUGGGAGCUACAGAAAUAUUUAUAAAACAUAGCUUUUUGUUUGGGGCAGUUCUCCUCAAUUCCUCUUUAUAUAUAUUAUAUAUAUAUAAAUAUAUAUAUAAUGAUCUAUAUUUUAAAACAAGCUUUUUAAACAGCCGUAUGAAAUAAAUGCUGAGUGAGCCCCAGCCCGCCCCUGCA